UUCCGGCUCCGCCGCGCCUGCGCAGAGCGGCAGCAUGGCCACGCCGGCCAAGCGGCGUCCGCGGCCUGCAGCCCAGGAGCCGGACUCGGAGUCGGAGCCUGAAUCGGAAUCGGGCGGCUCGGAGUCCGAGUCCGAGGUAGACGAGCAAGUCGAUGAGGAAGUGAAUGUUGAAUUUGAAGCACAUUCAAUAUCAGACAAUGACUAUAAUGGCAUUAAGAAGCUUCUGCAGCAGUUGUUUCUAAAAGCUCCUGUUAACACUGCUGAGUUAACCGAUAUAUUAAUACAACAGAAUCAUAUUGGAAGUAUUAUCAAGCAAGCAGAAGUCCAGGAAGACGGCAGUGAUGACGAUGUUGAUGAUGAUGAAGUCUUUGGUUUUAUAAGCUUCCUAAACUUAACUGAAAGGAAGAGUACACAAUGUGCUGAACAAAUCAAAGAGCUGAUUCUAAGUCGGUGUGAGAAAAGCUGUGAACAGCGUGUGGUUGAACAGCUGGAUAAGAUCCUGAAAGAUGAUACUAAGCCUGUGGGUCUGCUUCUGAGCGAAAGAUUCAUUAACGUACCACCACAGAUUGCUUUGCCCAUGCACCAGCAACUUCAGAAAGAAUUAAAGGAGGCACAGAGAACAAACAAACCUUGUGGGAAGUGUCACUAUUACCUGCUUAUCAGCAAGACCUUCACAGAAGCCACAAAGAAUUCUAAGAAGAAGGAAGGGAGAAAUUGGCAAAAGGAGGAAUUAAUGUUUGCAAAUGCAGAGGAGGAAUUCUUUUAUGAGAGUGCUCUUCUGAAGUUCAGCUACUCUGUGCAAGAGGAAAGUGACACCUGUUUGGGUGGCAGAUGGUCCUUUGACGAUGUACCAAUGAAACCUUGGCGGACUGUCAUGGUAGUUCCAGCUGAUGGAAUUAAUGUAAUUAUGGAUAAACUCAAAGACUAUCUCUCAUUAUGAACUUCCCCUUAAACACUGUUUUUUCUAAAGCAGACAUGCAAUACUACAUAUUUUCAGAAGACUGCUGUGGAGUUAAUGGUUUUGUACUGCUCAAACGCUUCCUCUGUACGCUUAGAAGACAAGUAGACGACUCAACUAAAAAUACCUAUCAAAUGAAUGUUUUAAUAUAUUGUAUCUUAGCAUACUUUGGUAUCAUCGUUAAGCGGUCAAUAAAAAUCCAAUGUUACAAGAAAA